GCUGACCUACUAGUAUUGACAUUUUAUAAUCUAUUAUAGACGAAACCAAGGAAGUAACAUGAAGAUUAUUUUGUUUGCACUUCAACUCGCUUAUGCACGAGCUGGGCAGAUGUGUUAUGACUGCAGCCGAAUGCCCUCACCCAGCGACUGUAGCCACACUAUCCUUUGCAACGAACACGAGACUUGUCACACCACCCAGAUUGUGACGGACAAUGGCCACAUCGUCUACGACUCUGGAUGCAUGUCCAACCCGAGGUGCCCAGGUGCAGGAAGCGUUAAGAUGAGUCCCUUACAUGACGUCAUCAUCUCCCCUCGCAUUCCCGGCGAUAUUGUCACGUGCAUUGAGUGCUGUCGUGGAGAAUUCUGCAAUAACCAGGGCUGUGGCGCAAAACCCCUUCUUGACCGCCCCUCCCGCGGACCAAUCUGCGUUACCUGUGACGUAUCUGUGUCACCAGACGCAUGUGAAUUCGUCUCCGUCUGUACCCAGGACGAGGAAUGCUUUUUGUCGUCUGAUUACAAUCCAUUGACGGGAGAUAAAAGAUACACAUCAAAAUGUGGAUCCAAACAGACAUGCGAAGCGUUACGGCGUAAUUACGCGGAUGUGAUAGGGCGGAGGGCUGCGCCCGACUGUUUGGGUUGCUGCGAUGACGACUAUUGUAACAACAACUGUUCGAAUGUACUGAUGGUCGGCACUGGCGAUUCACAUACUUCACGUAAACCCACCACUACUAUUAUUUCCCCCAGGAAACAACACCUCCUUCGACCACACCAGCACCACAAACCGCAGAAAGUGCGUGUGAAUCGAGCGGAGGGUAUAAAUACCUUAGUGAAUGGGGCUACUGUGUGCGCAUACAUACGGACGAAAAACUCAAUUGGGACGCAGCCCGAGCAAGCUGCAGGCAGGCGGCGGGCGACCUGAUAGUAUUCCAUAACAAAAACGAAGAAGCGCUGUUUGAUACUUGGCUUAAAGAUAUUCAUGCGCAGAGCCCGGUCGACAUCCGGUACUGGGUGGGAGCCACGGACCGCGGGCAUGAGGGCCAAUGGUCCUGGGUGGACGGAACACCUGUGGCGUCGGGUACAGACGUUUGGUGGCCCGGGGA